GACAAUGACAAUAAGCAUACCCGCACCUGAUUCCUUAUGAUGAGCGGCACAGCAAGUAUGGUGGACAUCCGUGUAUCUAAAUACCUCUCAAAUUCCCAGUCUCGAAAUAAUCGUCUGGAUGGACACGUCAGGCUCCGACUAUCUUGCUUGGCAUGCCACGUGGGUUCCUCAUUGGAUCCUAUAAAUACCCCCUCCGGGCCACGUCAAAAGGUCAUCCCUAAGUGCAGUUGCGGACUGAAGAAGGACUUCUGGUCAACCCCCAACAACCUUCCACCUCUGAUUCCACCUCAGCUCCCAACUCAACUUCCACCUCAGCUUCCACCUCAGGUCCCAAUUAUGUUCCCUCCUGUUGAUCAUGUAGAAGGAGGAGAUGAAAAUCAACCUCAUGCUUCAGCUCAUAACUCAACUUCCACUGCCAACCAAGACGUAGUGGCAGCUCAGCUUGCUGCCAUGCAGCAACAGUUCGGUGUCUUUCAGUUGGUACUGGCUCAGCUUUUAGCUAGAAAUAAUCCUGGUGAUCCCCUCAUUACCUUACUGAACCCUGCUCAACAACCCCCAGCUCCACAACAGAAUCCUCAAUCGGUUCAACCUGCUCCCGCUGUUAGCGAAUCUCAAGCUCAAUCCCACAUAGCACCCGCUCAACAACCCAUCCCUGAUGAUAUCAAGAAUAAGAUGGAUUUACGGUGUCCUGGCCCAAUGAAAACUACUGCUGCUAGUCGAGACCACACCAGAUAUUGUGAUUUUCAUCAAGAUCACGGCCAUACUACAGAGCAGUGCAACAGCUUAAAGUUCGAACUGGAAAGUUUAGCUCAGAAGGGAAUGCUGAAUGAGUAUGUUCAGAGAGCUGAACAGUCGCGGUUUGUCAGAGAGCAGAGGCCGCAGCCCCAAGGAGUCCGCAAUCCCCCAAAUAGACAAGAGUUUAAACAUCAAAACCGAGCUCAGAAGCGGAAGAUUGACGAUGCUGAAUGGAAGAAUCAACCCAUUACUUUCACAUCUGCCGACCUCGACACAGUUGUUACACCCCACAAUGAUCCUCUGGUUACUUCUGUCAUGAUCAAUAACUGUGAAGUACAGCGUGUCCUUGUUGACACCGGCAGUGCACCAGACAUCAUGUAUUUCCACUGUUUCGAGAGUUUGGGACUAGACCCAGCAUUGUUGCAGAAGUAUGAUGGUCCUAUCUAUGGUUUCAACAACCAACCUGUUCCGGUAGAAGGAGUUCUUACCCUCCAUGUGGCUUUUGGGAGUGGUCGGACCUAUGUAGCCCCCUCAGUCCGGUUCCUCGUCGUCAAGAUGGCCUCCUCUUUCAACAUUGUUAUUGGCCGACCCACAUUAACUGAAAUCCGAGCUGUGGUUUCCCAAUCCCAUCUCUGCAUGAAAUUCCCCACUCCUAUGGGAAUAGCAACACUGCGAGGAAACCAAGAGGUGGCCAGACACUGUUAUAUCACCUCGGUAACACAACCAACGAAGGGCAAGGAUAAGACACCCGAGGUCAUUCCCCAGCGAAUUCCUGAUCAUCAGCAGGUUAUGGGUGUAGAGAUUGUAGAUAAUCAACCGGAUGAUGAAACCAGAGCUGCUCCGGUAGAAGAUGUUGAAGAAGUGCUCGUUGAUGACAGAGAUCCGAGCCGAAAGACGCAGAUCGGAACUAGAUUGAACCCAGAGGAGAGAGCAGAACUGAUAGCUUUUCUCCGAGCUAACAAUGAUGUAUUUGCAUGGACUUCGGCAGAUAUGCCAGGCAUUCCGACUUCAGUGCUGAUGGCUCCCGAAGACGAAGAAAAGACCUCGUUCUAUGCUGGCGAUGAAAUUUAUUGCUAUGUCAUGAUGCCGUUUGGCUUAAAGAACGCCGGUGCUACUUAUCAGAAAAUGGUAACCAUAGUCUUCCGAGCUCAGAUCGGCAAGAAUCUGGAGGAGUAUGUGGAUGACAUCGUAGUAAAGAGCCUGAAGGCAGAAAACCAUCUAGCCGACCUCGAUGAAACCUUUAACAACCUCAGAAAGAACAGGAUGCGGUUAAAUCCAACCAAAUGUAUCUUCGGAGUGGAGUCUGGAAAGUUUCUAGGUUUCAUGGUGUCCCGAAGAGGGAUUGAGGUCAAUCCAGAGAAGAUCAGAGCAAUUGCCGAGAUGGAACCACCGAAGUCAGUAAAAGAUAUACAGAGGUUAACUGGAAGGGUGGCAGCUUUGCAUCGGUUUAUCUCGAGGUCAGCGAAUAAGUGCUUGCCAUUUUUCAAAAUUAUGAGCUCACCACCUCUGUUGACUAAGGCUGUAGAUGGAGAGAUUCUUUACUUGUACCUGGGGAUUUCAGAUGAGGCCAUUAGUUCCGUUCUGGUGAGAGAGGAAGCCAAGCAACAGAAACCAAUCUAUUAUAUCAGCAGCGUGCUGCACGGAGCAGAGCUGAGGUAUCCUAUAGCUGAGAGAGCAGCUUUAGCAGUUGUCACUUCGGCCAGGAAGUUGAGUAGCAAGGGUUCGGGGGUUGGCGCUCUCUUGAUCGGUCCAGAGGGAUACCGAAGCGAACAUGCCCUAAAGUUCAACUUUGAUGCAACAAAUAAUAUGGCUGAGUAUGAAGCCCUGCUACUUGGCCUACAACUAGCAUUAGAGUUGAAAAUCAGUGCAAUUCAAGUGUACAGUGACUCCCAGCUGGUGGUGAAUCAAAUCAACUCUAUUUGCGAAGUCGUUGACCCUGUGAUGGCGAAGUAUGUAGCCUUAGUGACCGAGCUGAAGUGCAAAUUCCAGAAAUUCUGUCUGAGUAAAAUCCCCCGAGCCGAGAAUGAACAGGCAGAUUCACUCUCUAAGUUUGCCUCUGAUAGCUCUUUAAGCUCCAGAUCUGUUUUUGUAGAGGUCUUAGAUGAACCAAGCUUCACGAAGCCUCGGGUGAUGGAGAUUAGCACAAACCCUGACACGCCGAGCUGGACUGAUUCAAUUGUCUCCUUUUUACGAGAUGGGAUAGUACCUGAGUACAGGCAGGAGGCAAUGAAAUUGAGGAAGAAAGCAUCUCGGUAUACACUUGUUGAUGGAGUCCUGUAUAAGAGAUCUUUCUCACUUCCUCUUCUACGGUGUUUAAACCCCUAUGAAGCUGAAUACGCACUUCGAGAGGUGCAUGAGGGUGUCUAUGGGAGCCAUGUCGGUGCUAGGACUCUCGCUCACAAAGUCUUACGACAAGGAUACUACUGGCCAAACAUGUACAAAGAUGCCACUUACUUUGUUCAGAAAUGCCCGAAAUGUCAAUUCUUCGCACAUCUGACUCACCAACCAGCAGAAGAGCUCACGAACUUGGUAGCACCGCGGCCAUUUGCUCAGUGGGGACUAGAUCUUUUAGGCCCAUUUAUGAAAGGGGUUGGUGGUGUAACCCAUCUGGUUGUUGGUGUGGAUUAUUUUACAAAGUGGGUUGAAACUCGGCCUUUAUCUAGUCUUACCUCUAAGAAGGUCGAAGAUUUUGUUUUCAGCUCUAUCAUCUGCAGAUAUGGGAUCCCGAAUCAGAUUGUGGCUGAUAAUGGAACUCAAUUCAAUUGCUCCUCGUUUCGAGAUUUCUGCUCCAAUUAUGGGAUCAAGUUACAGUUCACCUUCGUUUAUCAUCCGGAGUCCAAUGGCAUGAUUGAAUCUGUUAACAAAUGCAUCCUGGAAGGUGAAACACCCUACCACUUGGCCUUUGGUACCGAAGCAGUCAUUCCUGUUGAGAUAGGAGUCCCAAGCUUCCGGGUCACCCAUUUCGAUGAAGAACGAAAUGGACAACUGCUUCGGGAAAACCUUGAUCUGCUUGCCGAAGUCAGAGAAGAAGCUCGGCUUCGAACUCUUGUAUACAAGCAGAAGCUAGCCAACUUUUACAACAAACGGGUCCACCCUCGAACUUUCAAAGUAGGAGACCUUGUUCUCAGAAAAGCUGGCCUAACGGGGUUUGAAACUCGUUUUGGCAAACUUGCCCCAAAUUGGGAAGGCCCUUAUACCGUGGCCGAGGCGCCACAUCCUGGAGCCUAUGUCCUCCAAGAUGCUGAAGGAAAAAGGGUUCCUAGAGUCUGGAAUGUCAAUAACUUGAAGAAAUUUUACCCCUAAUGAAAUUCUUCCAAACAAUCUAUGUCUUACUGUUCUUUAUGUAUCUGAGAUCAAUCAGUUUAUUCACUUCAGUUAAUAAAUGUCACUUCAUAUU